AUGAUGUUGUCGAGAGAGGAAGCCUUUUCUUUCGCCGGUAUUUUAUUGGCCAUUUUCGUGUGUGGUCUCGUGGGUAACUUUCUUGUCUGUUUGGCGAUUUAUUUUGACAAAGACCUUCGCCAGCAACACUCAAACUAUUUUCUUUUUAACCUCGCCGUGACUGAUCUUCUUACAGUGAUCUUCGUGAUCCCAUUUUGUGCUGCGGCGUUGAUUCAGGGGAAUUGGAAUUAUGGCAACGCGUGGUGUCAAGCAACAGCUUUUGUUUACUACAGCUUGGCCAUCAUUGGCCUUGAAACUUUAGCGUUCAUAAGUUGGGAUCGUUUUUACGCCAUAAUUUAUCCACUUAAGUACAGGGCAAAAGUAACACCCAGGAGAAUUUACAUGGCUAUUGCUUUCAGUUGGAUAUGGGCGUUUAUUUUUACAAUCCCAUGCGCAGCCAUGGGUUGGUUUAGGUAUGGAGAGUACGAAUCGAUGUGUACUUAUAACUUCACCGGUACAGGCAAUAAGUGGAAAAUACGAGUCGUAAUUUACAGCGUUCUAACAAUUACACUCUGUAUCAUGAUUCCAUCGGCUGUGAUACUCUUCUGCUAUUUUCGAAUAAUCUCCGUAGUGCGACAUCAAGGAAGACGAGUGGACACCAUAACUUCGAGAGAGAUGACGAAUUCUAAUAACUCGCGGCGCCAAGCAUGGAGAAGCUGUUACAGAUUUAAAGGUUUUCGAACAAUAACUGCGGUCAUAAUUUUGUUUAUUAUUUCGUGGACUCCCUUCAGUGCAACUCGCUUUAUUAAAACGGUAACGUGGGACCAUGAAUAUAUUCCCGCUGUCGCGGAUACAUUUGCAACUGUGCUGUCUUUGUUUAGCACAGCCGCCAAUCCUUUGGCCUACAGCCUCUUCAGAAGGGACUUUAGAAGAGCUUUUAAAAGGCUUCUUAGACGAAUAUGCUGU